AUGUCAUCUGCACUCUCUGCUCCAGUCGAGACGGUAGUCACAGUAGCGGCACAGCGGGUAUUACGUGCAAACCCAGUGACCGAUCGGGAUCAUCAUCCAAAAUGGGUGAUUCAGAAGUACGGUGGGACCAGCAUUGGGAAAUGUUUGAUGAACAUUCCUAAUUAUACUCUUCCGACCUCUUUGGAUGCAGGUUAUCGCGUGGCGAUCGUUUGUUCAGCAAGAUCUGGUGACACGAAAAGCACUGGUACGACAAAUCUGCUACUCCAAGCUGGGAACGAGGCCCUUCUUCCACCGCUUGACUGCCCUGUGGUACCUGCCACCCCGACCACUCGGCCUACCACGCCUGGUAGCAAUCGAGCUGAAGGCCCAAAUCCACUCCUCCUUUCGCAAAUUCUCCAGCGCGGUACUUCCUCCCCUAGACUUUCGCGCACGAAUUCAGCCAUUCUUGGGUGCACAUCUCCACUCACCCCGGGGUAUACCUCGAAUAUCGAUCCCGAUUUCGGGCUGAGUGCUACUCGGUUUGAUUCCACGGUUGAAAAAAUCAAACUCGAUCACCUGGCUGCUGCUAGAGAGGUUAUUCAAGAUCCUCAACUUCUCAGCGAACUAGAGUUGGAUAUCACCUAUGAUUGUGACCGCUUACGAAGUUUUCUUUUAGCCGCCCAAAUCUUGGAGGAAAUUUCACCCCGGUCAAAAGAUUUGAUAAUUGGUGUUGGUGAAAAGCUGUCAUGUCGUAUUGUGACAGCUUGUUUGAUCGAUAAGGGAUUUGAUGCAGAGCUUGUUUGCUUGGACUCGAUCGUCGAUAAAUCCGAUAUACAAUGGGCGGCUGAAGAAGACUUAUCGAUGGGUCCAGGUGGUCAACUGCGACAGCCGUUCUAUGAUCGGCUAGCUUUCAAACUCGGAGAACGCCUACAACAAUGCGGGAAUCGGAUUCCGGUCAUCACUGGCUUCUUUGGUGUGGUUCCAGGAUCACUACUUUCCCAGAUCGGCCGAGGCUACACAGAUUUGUGUGCAGCUUUGUGCGCUGUAGGCUUGUCAGCUACAGAGCUACAGGUAUGGAAAGAGGUAGACGGAAUUUUUACUGCAGACCCUCGUAAAGUGCCUCGGGCUCGACUAUUAAGUGUGGUGACUCCUGAGGAAGCAGCCGAAUUGACUUAUUAUGGAUCAGAAGUGAUUCAUCCCUUCACCAUGGAACAAGCUAUACGAGCUUCCAUUCCAAUCCGAAUCAAAAACGUGAUGAACCCAACUGGAGCAGGCACAGUGAUCUACCCUGAUUCAUCCAAUCCUUCAUCUCCAACACUUAGCACUCCUCGGACAGACCAAGACCACACAACACCCGAUAGCAACGGCAAGUCACCCACAGCGGUGACGAUCAAAGACACGAUUGUUGUGCUGAACAUUCACUCUAAUCGGAAAACGAUCUCACAUGGGUUUUUUGCUCGAAUUUUUGGUAUCCUGGAUAAAUUUGGUAUCGUUGUUGAUCUGAUCUCUACCAGUGAGGUUCAUGUCAGUAUGGCAAUGAAGUUCAGUGAGACUUAUCAAGCCCCAGGAGGUGGAUUAGAUAAGUUGGUUUGUGAAUUGAAGGAUAUUGGACAAGUGUCUGUAUUGAAAGAAAUGGCCAUCUUAUCACUUGUUGGUAAACAGAUGAAAAAUAUGGUUGGAAUUGCUGGGAAGAUGUUCAGUACACUUGCUCAAGGAAAUGUGAAUAUUGAGAUGAUCAGUCAAGGAGCAUCGGAGAUCAAUAUCUCAUGCGUAAUCUCAAAUCGAGACUCAACUAAAGCUCUCAAUCUUGUACAUGAUACACUUUUAUCUGAACCCGAUCAAUAAUGUCCUUUAAGGAUCCUCUAACUCAUCAUUUCUUGUCAGUUGUUUGGAUUCCUCUAAUACCCAAACAACAGAAUGAUGAAAAGUUCAACAAAUACAAGGUUUAACCAUUAUAG